AUGCGUCCCCCUUCUCGCCGUGUACCAUGGCCCACUGCCCCUAACUCAAAUAAGCGCAAGGAGAGGGAUCACGCGUCCCCGAGGCCCAAGCCCACAUCGCAGGUUACCAAAUUGUCCAAGCCAGACAAGUCAAGAUCCGGACCCGAGUCCAGCAAAAAAGACUCAAGCUCUAACCCCAUGCCGAACCAUAUGCUCCUGGCUGGGUACUUGGCCCACGAAUUCCUGACAAAAGGCACUCUAUUGGGCCGAAAAUGGAACCGGUCGGCGAGCCCAGAAGAAGAGACGCAGCAGCAGAAGCAUGAAAGGUACGUGGAACUAACCCUCUUCUUGAAGACGGAUGGGGCCCACUUGUUCGACAUCGUGAACCCAACCCAAUUGGCCCACUUCUUAAAGCUAUGA